AAGGGGGAGGGUAGAAGAGGUUUGGUCCGCCUUUUUCCCUUGGUUUUGCCGUUGAUGACGUAUAGAGGAGAGGGUAGCAACAGUUGCCUCGAGACCCCCGCGCGCCAUAGUGACUGUAGUCGUGGAGACAGUUACUUACCAACGGGAGCAACACGCAGCAACAGCAGCAGCAACGAGAGAGAGUGAGAGCAGCCAGGGCAGAACUAAACACAAGGCAAAGAGUCGAGCAUGCAGAAUUCAGAGGGAGGAUCUGAUUCGCCGGCCACGGUUGCUCUGCGGACUUCGACCUCGGCACAAGCCCCUGUAGUGCAGCCAGUCCCAGCAUCCCAACAGAGGGUCCUGGUGCAGGCAACAGGCUCAGCCCAGAAGGGAGGACAGGUUCAGCAGCUUUCUGUACCCAGAGUGCAACAGGUCCCACAACAGAUACAGCAAGUUCAGCAUGUGUACCCAUCCCAAGUCCAGUAUGUAGAGGGUGGAGAGGCAGUGUACACCAAUGGAACCAUUCGCACAGCCUAUGCUUACAACCCAGAGGCCCAGCUGUACGGGCAGGGCAGCGGUGGCCCCUACUUCGACUCACAGGCAGGGAGUGCCCAGGUGACCACGGUGGUGUCUUCUGCCAGCGGGGUCCCACCGCACGGCAUGGUGGGCAUUGCCAUGGACGUGGGAGGAAGCCAGAUCAUCUCCAGCACCGGGACCUACCUCAUCCACGGAGGGGGCAUGGACGGGAACCGACACCAUGCUUCCCACACCUCCCGUUCCUCAUCCGCAAUGCUUGAAAUGGCGAUUGAAAACCUCCAAAAGUCUGAAGGGAUUGCAUCUCACAAAAGCAGCCUGCUCAACAGCCAUCUGCAAUGGCUGCUAGACAACUACGAGACUGCAGAGGGGGUCAGUCUCCCCAGGAGCUCCCUCUACAACCACUACCUUCGCCACUGCCAGGAGCAGAAACUGGAUCCCGUCAACGCAGCCUCCUUCGGGAAGCUCAUUCGCUCCGUCUUCAUGGGGCUGAGAACCAGACGGCUGGGCACAAGAGGGAACUCGAAGUAUCACUACUAUGGGAUCCGUCUGAAACCAGACUCUCCCCUGAACCGCUUGCAGGAAGAUUCCCAGUACAUGGCAAUGAGACAGCAGCCUGUCCACCAAAAACAAAGGUUUAAGCCAUUGCAAAAGGUGGAUGGCAUGGGGGACAAUUUAGCCGGCGGUGCCCAGAAUUCGGCAGCAACCCCAGAACAAUCUGUGGCUGCUCAAAGUCAGCAUCACCAACAGUUUAUUGACGUGUCCCAUGUUUUGCCUGAAUUCCCGGCCCCUGAGAUUGGCACCUCUCCAGUGCCUGAGGGUAUCAGCAUGAAUGAUGUCAAGAAGCUGCAGAUCCUCUACAGGGAGCACUGUGAGGCAACCCUGGAUGUAGUGAUGAACCUGCAGUUCCAUUUCAUUGAGAAGCUAUGGCAGACAUUCUGGUAUUCAACAGCGCCAUCUAGUGAUGGAGCCACUACAGUCUCUCCCAGCGAGGAGGAAUCAGAAAGCGUCAUUCCCAGGGAGAAGCUGAUUGCUCUGUGUAAAUACGAGCCUGUCAGGGUGUGGAUGCGGAGCUGUGAUCACAUCCUCUACCAGGCACUGGUGGAGAUCCUCAUCCCCGAUGUACUCAGACCAGUGCCGAGUACCCUUACUCAAGCCAUUCGUAACUUUGCAAAGAGUUUGGAAGGAUGGCUGACCACGGCUAUGAAUGACUUUCCACAGGAGAUUGUUCGCACCAAGGCAGCAGUGGUGAGUGCCUUUGCCCAGACCCUAAGACGUUACACCUCUCUGAACCACCUGGCUCAGGCUGCCAGGGCAGUGCUACAGAACACUUCUCAGAUCAACCAGAUGCUGAGCGACCUCAAUCGGGUGGACUUUGCCAACGUGCAGGAGCAGGCAUCCUGGGUGUGUCAGUGCGAGGAGGGGAUGGUCCAGCGGCUGGAGCAGGACUUCAAGGUGACCCUGCAGCAGCAGAGCUCUCUGGACCAGUGGGCAGCCUGGCUGGACAAUGUCGUCAACCAGGUCCUGAAGCCACACGAGGGAAGCCCCAGUUUCCCCAAGGCAGCUCGCCAGUUCCUGCUGAAGUGGUCCUUCUACAGCUCGAUGGUGAUCCGGGACCUGACCCUGCGCAGUGCGGCCAGCUUCGGCUCCUUCCACCUCAUCAGGCUGCUCUACGACGAGUACAUGUUCUACCUGGUGGAGCACCGCGUGGCCCAGGCCACAGGGGAGACACCCAUCGCAGUGAUGGGAGAGUUCAGUGAUCUCAACUCCAUGAUGCCUUUGCUUAUGGAUAAAGACCAGUCUCAUUUCUCAGAUGACAUGAGUGAUGUUGGGAGUGAGGCGGACAGUUCCAGAGGACCGAGCGAGCCCCCAGUCAAACGGGAGCGCAUUGAACUGAACCACUCUCUGCAGGAGAUCUGAGGAGGAUCUGAAACCCAAGUAGCUCCCCACUUUAGUACUGUCAUGUUCCUGCUAGCUGUUAAGCAAACUGUUUGCUUUCCUAGUGCAUAUGGGCUGUGGGGAGACAAUUGCAACAAGCUUAUUCUGAUAUAGCACUGACUGCGGGUGGGGAUACUGCAGCUUUAAAUAAGGCAGCCAAAAACCUUUUCUUUUUUUAAAACAUGUGGGGAGAAAACAUAAUAAUCAUAUGUAAUGAUUUUUUAAAUCAUUUAUCUUUCAUGUACAUCCCCUCAAACUAAAUUUAUAUAUAUAGUUAUAAUUUUACACACACAGAGUUCUCUGGAAGGCUAUCAGUGCCCUCCCCUCCCAAAGCAGGUUGUAUAGAAAAUGAGAGAGAUGGUUCCCCCGUUUUAAAUCCCAGAAAAUAUGAACGUUUAUAUUAAACCGUUUUUGUUA